AUUAGAAACAGGCGACUGAUAAGAGUUGAGGAUGGAUUAGUUGAUGUAGUUAUUUCGUUGCGGUUGAGGAAGAUCGGCAAGUGUGGUAUUGUGGUCAUUACAUGAAAGGAACUGAGUAGGUGCUAAUUUUUCCAUUGACUCGGGCGCACAUGGAACACUCAUUACACCGACCGUGACCCUCCGAACCCCGUGUGACAAUGUUCAUAUCUACAACUUGCAAAGAAAACGGGAAUGCCAUGAAUUCGAAAAAGCUUUCCACUAAUUACAUGAUCUGCACCAAUUGCCAGAAAGUUCUUCGCAAGGAAAAUGGGGCACUAGUCCCUCAACCUCUGGCAUGUGGACCAACUGCUUUCAUACCAGAAAAGGAGGUUGCACAAGAUGAUCUCGUAGAAGGACACACCAGCUUGUUAUUUCUUGAAGAAUACUCCACCACUGGACACCCUGACAACACAACAAAAAUCAUGGGCUUACACCCUCAGUACCUGGAGUCUUUUCUCCACACCCAGUAUUACAUACUACGUAUGGAUGGACCACUCCCCUUUGAACACAGGCACUACUUGGCAAUAAUGGCUGCUGCCAGGCACCAGUGUUCCUAUCUGGUGAACAUGCAUAUAAAUGAGUUCUUGCAGGUGGGUGGAGACAGUGAAUGGCUAGGUGGUGUGGAAUACAUCCCCCAGAAACUGCAAAACCUCAAUGAAGUCAACAAAAUCCUUGCCCACAGACCGUGGCUGAUCACUAAGGAACACAUUAAGAAAUUGCUCAAAACGGGGGAGAGCAGUUGGUCUCUGGCUGAGCUGGUGCAUGCCAUGGUGCUGUUAGCACAUUACCAUGCCUUGGCGAGUUUCGUCUUUGGAAGUGGCAUUAAUCCAGAUACUGAUCAAGACACCAGCCACAGCUUCAGAGCACCAGUCGACAGCAACUUCUGUGUGUGCAGUAGCACCAACAAGAGCCAGGGGGAAGAUGCCAUAUUUGCGCUCAACAGUCCUGGGACUUCUGACUCAGUCAGUGAAUUGGAGGCUCUGAUGGAGAGGAUGAAGAGACUCCAGGAGGAGAAUGAAGAGGAAGAGGCGUCACAGGAGGAGAUGGCAACACGUUUUGAAAAAGAGAAAAAAGAGAGUCUUUUGGUAGUCACUGGAGCUUACGAAGAUGAGUGGAUUCCAACCUCUUGCAUAUCUCGCUAUGUAGACGACCCAAGCUUUGGGUAUAAAGACUUUGCCCGACGAGGAGAUGAUCAGCUUCCUACAUUCCGGGCGCAGGACUACUCCUGGGAGGAUCAUGGUUUCUCUUUAGUUAAUCGUCUUUAUUCUGACAUUGGCCAAUUGCUUGAUGAAAAGUUUCGCAUGGUUCGCAACCUGACCUACAACACCAUGGCUACGCAUGAAGAUGUGGAUACGACCACCUUAAGAAGAGCUAUAUGGAACUAUGUUCAUUGCAUGUUUGGAAUAAGAUAUGACGAUUAUGAUUAUGGUGAAGUUAAUCAGUUGCUAGAACGGAGUCUAAAAGUCUAUAUCAAGACGGUGACCUGCUAUCCUGAAAGAACCACAAAACGCAUGUAUGAUAGUUUCUGGCGGCAAUUCAAACAUUCUGAAAAGAUCCAUGUUAACUUGCUGUUGAUGGAAGCACGUAUGCAGGCUGAACUCCUCUAUGCCCUGCGGGCUAUAACUCAGUACAUGACUUGAAGUGAGGAGCAAAUAUUUUCUCCAAGAACAUUCUGACGGUGGAAGCUGAACUAGUGCUGAUUCUGAAUUAUUGGGGCAAUGACAACAAAUCCAUUCUCAAACAUUGUCCAAAACAUUAGCCUUCUGUGCUGACUGUAGAAUAACUGAGACUUCGCUAAAGUUUAACACUGAAAGUAAUCUUACAACAGAUAUCACUUGCCAAAUUCACAGCCCAUUGAUAAAUGUGUUUGCCUGUGCAAUUGUUACAGUCAGGUGUAAAUGUGAAGUGGUUUGUGAGAGGAAGCGAGUGAAGGAGGAUCUUGGUAAUAUCCAAAAUGUGAAUCAACAAUGCAGACAUUUGAGGCUUUGUUCGCUUUAAGUCUAGCAUGAACAUUGUUCACCCUCCUAUGAAUUGUUCUCUUAUUUACAUUAUAGUUGAAUUCUAUUUGCACAUCUGCUUUUAUAAGCUCAACCGCAGGAGCUAAAUUAAGCUAUGGUGCAAGAACUGGAUCCACUAAAGAUAGAGAAAGGUUUAAAAUAAAUGUAUUUGUUUAUAUGUAUGUAAUCUGAAACUGUUUAAUUUCUGCUUUAGAUAUUGACUGUCCUGAAUGGUAUUCUAGUCACAAACAAUUUUAUUCAUACCGCUUCCCAUUCUACACAGACCAGAAAUGUAAUCUGUGGAAUAAUGUAUUUGUAGAAACAAUACUGUAGUGGUAGAUGUGGCAUUACUUUGAGCAAAUUGAAAACAGGUGACUUGCUUGAACUACUAAACCUUUUAAAUCAUUGGCACAGUGUGUUAGUUAAUGGACAUUUAGCAUUCAUUGUUGAAACUUGAAUCAGAUUUUCUUUCUGAAUAGCAAAUAACAUUUAUAGAAGAUGAAUAUUGACGUUCUACGUUAAAAGUUAAUUUGAUCUCCUUGUUGCCAUUCAGAUACUUUGUUUGAUUUCUUAAAUUAAAAUUGAUUCCUGCAA